GUAACUACCCGCCGGUGGUAAGUUUCCCGGCCGCCGCCGGUUUGGCCGCUACCGGUUUCCUCUCUUCAUUCGCUGGUCGGAGGUGGGAGGACCAGAGAUGCGGCCGCGGGGACCAGGAGGGCAGCCGUGCCGCAGACAGAACGCAGGUACACGUCAUUUGCAGGGACGGAGACCUGCGUCAGGUCACCCGCAAUACUGGAACGUCAAGCGUGAGACCUAAACCUGGAGAGAGGCGUUAGGUCCAGCCAGACCCAGCUGCCCAGUCUCUCCGCCAUUCCGAAUUUGUGAGCCGGUUGUCACCUUAGACCCGAGGAGUGCUUUACAGUCCACUGAAUGCUUCCUGUCUCCGUAAUCCCUUUGUCACCCCAUCAUCAAGUGUCCCCUCAGGAUCCAAGGACUCUGUAGCUACAAUGUUGUCAAGACUUUUCCGAAUGCAUGGCCUCUUUGUGGCCUCUCAUCCCUGGGAAGUCAUAGUGGGGACAGUGACACUGACUAUCUGUAUGAUGUCCAUGAACAUGUUUACUGGUAAUGAUAAGAUCUGUGGUUGGAAUUAUGAGUGUCCAAAGUUUGAAGAGGAUGUUUUGAGUAGUGACAUUAUAAUUCUGACAAUAACACGAUGCAUAGCAAUCCUGUAUAUUUACUUCCAGUUCCAGAAUCUACGUCAACUUGGAUCAAAAUAUAUUUUGGGUAUUGCUGGCCUCUUCACAAUUUUCUCAAGUUUUGUAUUCAGCACAGUUGUCAUUCAUUUCUUAGAUAAAGAACUGACAGGCUUGAAUGAAGCAUUGCCCUUUUUCCUACUUUUAAUUGAUCUUUCCAGAGCAAGUGCAUUAACAAAGUUUGCCCUCAGUUCCAGCUCACAGGAUGAAGUAAGGGAAAACAUUGCUUGUGGAAUGGCAAUUUUAGGUCCCACAUUCACCCUUGAUGCUCUUGUUGAAUGUCUUGUCAUUGGAGUUGGUACCAUGUCAGGGGUGCGUCAACUUGAGAUUAUGUGCUGCUUUGGCUGCAUGUCAGUUCUUGCCAACUACUUCGUGUUCAUGACUUUCUUUCCAGCGUGUGUGUCCUUGGUAUUAGAGCUUUCUCGGGAAAGUCGUGAGGGUCGUCCAAUUUGGCAGCUCAGCCAUUUUGCCAGAGUUUUAGAAGAAGAAGAAAAUAAACCAAAUCCUGUAACUCUGAGGGUCAAGAUGAUUAUGUCCCUAGGCUUGGUUCUUGUUCAUGCUCAUAGUCGCUGGAUAGCUGAUCCUUCUCCUCAAAACAGUACAGCAGAAAAUUCAAAGGUUUCUUUGGAUUUGGAUGAAAAUGUAUCCAAGAGAAUCGAGCCAAAUGUUUCCCUCUGGCAGUUUUAUCUUUCUAAAAUGGUCAGCAUGGAUAUUGAACAAGUUAUUACUCUAAGUUUAGCUCUCCUUCUGGCUGUCAAGUAUAUUUUCUUUGAGCAAGCAGAGACAGAAUCUACACUUUCAUUAAAAAAUCCUAUCACGUCUCCUGUAGUGACCAAAAAGAAACUCCCAGACGAUUGUUGUAGAAGUGACUCUACAAAGAUAAAACAUAACCAGAAAUCCCAUGUGGUGGAGGAGGAAACAGGGAUAAAUAGAGAAAGAAAAGUUGAAGUUAUAAAACCCUUAGUGGCAGAAACUGACACCUCAAACAAAGUCACGUUUGUGGUUGGUAACUCUUCCUUACUUGAUACUUCACCGGUACUGGAGAUACAGGAAUCUGAAAUUGGGCUUCCCAGGGAGCCUCGGCCUAAUGAAGAAUGUCUACAGAUACUUGGAAAUGCAGAGAAAGGUGCAAAAUUCCUUAGUGAUGCUGAGAUCAUCCGAUUAGUCAAUGCUAAGCAUAUCCCAGCUUACAAAUUGGAAACUCUGAUGGAAACCCAUGAACGAGGUGUAUCUAUUCGCCGACAGAUACUUUCCAAAAGGCUUCCAGAGCCUUCUUCUCUCCAGUAUCUACCUUACAGGGACUAUAAUUACUCCUUGGUGAUGGGAGCUUGUUGUGAGAAUGUUAUUGGAUAUAUGCCCAUUCCUGUUGGAGUGGCGGGACCCUUGUGCUUGGAUGGAAAAGAAUAUCAGGUUCCCAUGGCAACAACAGAAGGUUGUCUUGUGGCCAGCACUAAUAGAGGCUGCAGAGCAAUAGGUCUUGGUGGAGGUGCCAACAGCCGAAUCCUUGCAGACGGGAUGACUCGUGGCCCAGUGGUGCGUCUUCCUCGUGCUUGUGACUCUGCAGAAGUGAAGGCCUGGCUGGAAACACCUGAAGGGUUCAGAGUUAUGAAGGAGGCAUUUGACAGUACCAGCAGAUUUGCACGUCUACAGAAAAUUCAUACAAGUCUGGCUGGGCGCAACCUUUAUAUCCGUUUGCAAUCUAAGACAGGUGAUGCCAUGGGGAUGAACAUGAUUUCAAAGGGUACAGAGAAAGCACUUUCAAAACUUCAUGAGUUUUUCCCUGAAAUGCAGAUUCUAGCAGUUAGCGGUAACUAUUGUACUGACAAAAAACCUGCUGCUAUAAAUUGGAUAGAGGGAAGAGGAAAGUCUGUUGUUUGUGAAGCUGUCAUUCCAGCCAAGAUAGUCAGAGAAGUAUUAAAGACUACUACGGAAGCUUUGAUUGAGUUAAACAUUAAUAAGAAUCUGGUGGGUUCCGCCAUGGCCGGGAGCAUAGGCGGCUACAAUGCUCAUGCAGCCAAUAUUGUAACUGCUAUCUACAUUGCUUGUGGACAGGAUGCAGCCCAGAAUGUUGGUAGCUCAAACUGUAUUACUUUAAUGGAAGCAAGCGGUCCCACAAAUGAAGAUUUGCAUAUCAGCUGCACCAUGCCAUCUAUAGAAAUAGGAACUGUGGGUGGUGGGACCAACCUGCUACCUCAGCAAGCCUGUUUGCAGAUGCUAGGUGUUCAGGGACCGUGCAGAGACAAUCCUGGGGAAAAUGCCCGGCAGCUCGCCAGAAUUGUGUGUGCAACAGUAAUGGCUGGGGAAUUGUCACUGAUGGCAGCAUUAGCAACAGGACAUCUUGUUAAAAGUCACAUGAUUCACAACAGGUCCAAGAUAAAUUUACCAGACCUUCAAGGAACUUGUACCAAGAAGGCAGCUUGAAUAGCCCAACAGUUUUGGAUCGAAACCCUGGUAUUGGGUUCUAAAGGACUAACAUAAAAUCUGUGAAUUAAAAAGCUUGAUGCAGUGUCUUGUUGAGGAUGAAUAGACAUGAUCAGUGAGAUGACUGCUUGGUGUUUGGCUCUUUCAGAGGGGUCUGAGGUCCUUCUUUCUGUGGAGAUUCCACACAUCUGACAACAGCUUAGUGCUUUACAUGCUGUGCUCUUUGGAAAAAUCUCAACCUGCUUAUUAUGCUUUAAAGCAUCACAGAUAAUGAUCUACAGCUCACUUCUGAAAGAGAAUACAAGCUGGGAAAAGAGUGUUUUCUUUUGAUGAAAUUUAUGAUGCUCAUGAUGAUCAGUAUGAGAUUCCCUGCUCCAAAGUUGAAAAUGGAUUUUAAAAUUACACUGUAGCUGACAAAACUCCUGAUUUUAUAGUUAAAUUAUUAAGUCUGGGUUAUAGAACUUUAAGAAAUAAGAGCCAAGUUUAUUUUUUGUAAACUAAUACUUCAUUUGGUGCUGGUCUAUCUUUGUUUUGUUGUUGUUUUUGGUUUUGGUUUUUUUUUUUGUAGCUUUUACACAUUAUUCUCAGAAGGGGACCUACUUUCUUCAAGGGAAGAAUUACUCUUUUUCCCUAAUUACAGAAUAAUGUGCUAAGCAGUGCUAAAUAGUUCUCUAUCCAGAAAACAAAUCACUGCAUAUUUAUUGCUGCAGGCUACUUGUUUGGAGAGUCCUCUUGUCUAAAUAUAAGCGUUUGUCGAGUUUGGCUGUGACGUGUCUUUCAGCAUAAGGCUUUAAGAAAUGCAGAGCUUUGUGCUCUACUAAAGAUACAAGAGUUCCUAGGGUUGCUUGGAUGAGGGCGACUCUGUUUAUCAAGUAUAUACAAGUUGGUGACCUCUCAGAACUCAGAGCAUGGAAUAUACAGUUUGAAAGAAAAAUAAUUUUUCUCUAAACCGACUCAAAUUUCUUAAAAGACAUUUUAUUUAGCUGAAAAAUCUAGAUAAUUUUUUGUAAACAAUUGUAUUAAAUCUGUAUGUGUUGUAAUAAAGCUUCUUAUGCUAGCAGUUAAAAUACGUACAAAUCAACUUGUAUACUGAUAAAAUACUCCAGUGUGGGCUGGAGGAGAUACUGUCCUUUAAUGUUGUCUAGGGACCCUGGUUGCUUCUGGAGCCUGAUGAAGGGGAAAGUCUGCUUUGAGAGCCAGUGAAGGAGCCAUUGAACGGCCCUGGAGCGGUGGGCACUGUGCCAGUGGCCAGGAGGUUCCUGACUGUGAUGCAUUCACACAGGGCUCAUGGAUGGACCCACAAAAGCUCUUAGCUUCCUCAGGGGGUCAGCAGAGUUGUUGAAUCUUAAUUUUUUUUUAAUGUACAAGUUUUGUAUAAAUAAUAGAGUCCCUUAUUUUGUAUUACAUCUAAAGUUUUUAAGUGUUGGUCUUGGAAAGCUGGUGUCUCAUGUAGAAGAUGGACUCUUUAAAACAUUCCAGUAAUGCUGUGGCAGCAUGGAAAGCCUCUGAAUGAUUGUGUCUGCAGUAUUGGUGUGGAAGAUUUACCUUUUCUGUUGUAUGUAAAGUUUAAAUUGCUUCUCUUGUGACUUUUCAGCAAGUGACUACUUCUUAACUUUUCACCAAAAUGGCAGUGAAAAGUAUGUUGAGUGUUUAUUUUGGUGACUGUAACCAAUAUCAUCUUGCUACAUUAAUGUUUUGUACAAUUACUGAAUUCUAUACAUUUUGUUAUAGAGUAUUUUUUCCCAGUUCCAGUAAAUAAUGAAAAGGAAGUUAAUACUGAUAAGAACAAGUGGUAACCUUUAUUGUUUGGAUUAACCCUAGGCCUGAGGCUUGUAAAGUCUGUUCAGAGUGGUAACGUAUAAUUCAUGCCAAGGAGUCCCAUGACCAUUUACCAUUAUAUUUUCCAAUUCUACAACAUGAACAGCAGGUUGGUGUUUUAUGUGCAUUAAAAUGAUCUUUCUCAUA